AAAACGAUGUGGACCUUUUAAUGCCAUUAACAUGACCUACACUACAUAGUGGACAGAAAAGAGCUAGAGAUUUCUCCUGGGACCCACCGAAAGGGUUGCCAACAGAAAGAUCAACAAAACCAGCCCAGUAAAGGCAUAGAGAAUCUACCGUUUGAGUUGCAACGGAAUUUUCAGCUUAUGCGAGAUCUGGACCAGCGGACUGAAGACCUGAAAGGGCAGAUUGACUCGUUGGCACGGGAGUACACAACCAAUGCUCGAACACUGUCCCCGGAACAGAAACUCUCUCUGCUGCGUCAGAUUCAGCAGUCUUAUGGGAAAUGCAAGGAGUUUGGAGAUGAUAAGGUCCAGCUGGCAAUGCAAACUUAUGAGAUGGUGGACAAGCACAUCCGCCGCCUGGACACAGACCUCGCCCGUUUUGAGGCUGACCUGAAGGAGAAACAGAUUGAAAGCACAGACUAUGACUCUACCUCGAGCAAGGGAAACAAGAGCGAAUUACGUGGUCCAAAAGAAAAGAAAGUGGCACGCACCAGGUCCAAGGUCAAGAACUCUGAUGACGACUCCAGCCCCAAGAGUGCACAGAAGAAAGUGAAACUCAUGCAGACGACGGAGUUCAGUGCUGUGCCCGCGGUGACCUUUGGAAACGUGCAUCCGUCGGACGUGCUGGACAUGCCAGUGGACCCUAACGAGCCAACGUACUGCCUGUGCCACCAGGUGUCUUACGGGGAGAUGAUCGGCUGUGACAACACCGACUGCUCCAUUGAGUGGUUCCACUUCGCGUGUGUGGGACUCACCACCAAACCACGCGGGAAAUGGUACUGCCCACGGUGUUCGCAGGAAAGGAAGAAAAAAUGAGCGCCCUGAAUUGAAAAAGUUGAAGAAAAAAAAAAUGUAUAGAGAUGUAUAGAGAAGGAGAAACUCGGGAGGGAGGAGGGAACCAAUGUCCCCUCCACAUACACUAACAUAGCUCCUCUCUGCUUUGGUUUGGUGCUUGUCCUCUGCUCUCUCCGCUCUUUGCCCUGGAAGGGUAGAUAGAGGUGUAGUUACAGUCGUAGCUUAAUUUAUGUUUAUGUUUCUGGUGUCAGCCAUGUCUUUGUUUUGAUGUUUUAUGGGGAUUGUUUUAUUAUUUUUUUAUGUACUUACUGUAAUAGAUUUUUUGGGGGGUUGUUUUUGAAAGUUUGAUUUUUUUUUUUUUUUUUUUUUGAUUUUUUUUAUUCUUUUAAGUUCAAAUGGAAAUUGGAAAGUUAAGAGGUGCUAGUGACGUCAUAUCCUUGCCCAUGGACCACGUCAAACGAUAUUAAGGGGCCUUGGCUGUCUCAAUCUGGACACUACUGGAGUGCUCUGCAAUGUGGUAUAUUCCUGGAAAUAGUCUCCAUAUUUCAAACUGUGCCACAGCACCUAGUAAGUGUAUUGAUACAACAUGUCAUAAUACUCACACAGACACUUCACACUGUUUCCUUUGACAGGAAUGAGCCGGUUUACAGAAGGGCCUUGAAAGACCAGGUCUUAAUAUUUCUGGUUUUAAGCAUUGCAUGCCAUUUCUCAUUUCAUCUUAACACGAGAGUGCUGGAUUUUCACAUAUGCACUAACACGACGAGCAUUAUGCCUAUAGUAUUUAUGAAGUAUAUGUUUCCAAUAGAAGUAUUUCAAAAUUGCAAAGUUUGCAAAGAAACAAAAAAAAAAGGGAGUGUUCAUAGACAAGCACUCGAAGAAAUCAUGAGAGAGUGUAUCUAUCUGCAUUACUUAAUUGUCAGAUGUUUUUAUUGUGUGCUUUUUUUUCCCCACCAUUUUUUUAUGCUCAAAGAAAGGUUAGUGAAAACAGCAUCAGCGUUGAUGGAAUUCCUUUCCAAAGGGUAGUCAUCCCAUUUUGUGGAAUUCCACCAUUUUGAUGUCUGGCACAAAGAAAGGUUGGUGCAAGCAGCAGCAUCCUGUGUUGAUGGAAUUCCUAACUAGAGGGAUAGACAUCCAAUUUUGUGGAAUUCCACGACAACAAUCCAUGUUGGAAUGCAACCAACCACAAUUGUUACCAAUUCAAACCUCUAUUCUUACAAAAUGCUCACCCUUGCUCAUUUACAUACUGUAUCACUUAUGAGAAGUUCCCUUGGCUUUUACAAGACUGGUGCUUUGUAAGACAAUGACACGUGUGGACUAGCAGACUCAGCAUGGAAGUGCUUAACAUUUUCUGUUGUUUAAACAAAUGUUUAAAGAGAACUGUGCUAAUGUCAUAUUGUUUUGCUUUUUUGUAUGUCUUCCAUUACAGUUCAAUGAAUAAUGAAAAUCAAUAACUGAU